AUGUUCACAAAGAUGGAUAUGGCAUCUAGGGUAGACCCCGAGCUAUAUCUAAACGAUAGCCCAUGCGAGCCUUCUGAUGGACGCGCUCACGCAGAAAAGCAACAUUGUGUUGACGAGACCGCGCUUAGCUCGAAAGAUGCACGUGGCGUUUCUGCAAGGCCGCACAAGAAGGAAACCAAAGCCUCCCGCGUCUCAGUAUGGCUGAUACUCGCUUACCUUGUAGGCUUUUCUGUGUUGCUUUCGCACUGCCAGAAAACACAAUGGAACACAGUGAAUGAGGGCGCGGCAAUACGUCUCCUUGCAGAUCACGGUAGCCAUGGGAGAUUUCGGCGCUCGCAGAACCCGUUUUACGUGGAAGGUGAUUUGACUUCUCUUGGGCCAGAGGAACUGGCAUGGCUUUGUUCUGAAGUCGGAGGCUGGGCCCCACCAACAGCGCGCGCAACCGACGGUGCGAAUAAGACAUCACCGUUGAUGGCUGGCAGCACUUCCAAAUCAGAAGAAGAGAACUUGCAGGCAGGCAGCGUGCAAGUCUCGACUAAUCUGUACUCACCUUUUGUAGGCAACCAGGCACCGUCUAUGCGUGAUCUGGAUAAUUACGCUUGGAAUCCAGCCUACCCUAGCCCUGAAAUAGGUGUGGAGCAACUGGAGAGCGGAGAAAUACUUGAAUAUGGAAGUGGUCUUUCUGCAGGGUCAGCUCCAGCAUCUCAUGAUCCCCGUUCGCAAAUGGAAACAAUUGUUUUCCAAUCCGUCGCUCAGCCUUCUUCCUCGCCACCUUCUUUUGCAGAUGCUGAAGGGCCAGAGGCAAAUUCUGCUUGCGUCACAGAAGGAGAAACUCAAAAAGCGAGAUGGGUUGACCUACAAACGAGGAGCUCCCCAGAAAGCCACACAGUCGACAAGGAGACGAAUGCAUCGUCUACCGAGAACAGUACCAUGCCUAAAGAAGGGAUUCUGGGGGAAGGCAGCAUGCAAGUGUCGACCAAUCUGCACGCCCCUGUUCUAAGUGGACCGGCGCCCUUUAUGCUCGGUAUAGAUGUUUCUGGGUUAAACCUAACAUAUUCUGGCUCUGGGUCUGAUGAACAGCGGCUAGAGAGCAGGGAAAUGGGUGUUGAUGAAAGUUGUCCUCCUGGAGUGUCAUUUCCUGCAGGUCAUGUUCAAUAUUUGCAGACGCCGGCAGAGGCUGUACAGCCACUCUGGGCGGCAUAUACUUCAUCGCCACUUUUAGCAGGCUGCACGACAGCAGGCCCGCACUUUGUCUUGCUUGCGGGGGAAUCAAGCCCUCAAUUCUUAAAUAUCGGGUUCUCACAACCAGGACCAGCUGCGGCGCAGCCACUACUGGUGGAUCUGCCUUCCUUGAAUCUGGCGCCUGCAGCAGUACCCCUUACAACACAUGUCCUUCCUAUUAAGCAGCCUUUAGGCGCACUAGGGCAUAAUACACAGCCUGAGCAUCCGGUGACCGCUGAGGCUAAAACUUUGGCCCCAGCCUCAGUAGAAGCUUCAAACCAUGCAGGUGAAGGGACCUCAACACCAAACGCAGAAACCAGGCCUCUUCUAGUGCCAGCGGGGGCAAGAGAUCCCAAUACCAAGCACCCAUUUAUUCGGCUCCCCACUCUAGGUCCGAAGGUUAAGCCAGGCCAGCUCGUGAGUCAUAUGAAGUUUUGUUUGUUUAGAGAUCAGCCCAUUGUUAAUCGUCUCAAAGUCGUCAGGAGUAUCCUUUCACUCCCUGUACUGCACGCUGCAGAUGCAAAUUUGCUCAUUUUUACUACAGCAGAACUGGCGGUUCGCGCGCUUACCACAAUGAGGAGCUCAGCUGCUAUGCUGAGGCCUUCUAUGGCUGUAAGAGCCCUAGGACGUCGGUUUCUAGUUUUCAAUACAGUUCAUUCAGUAUUGGCGAUAGUAGGGAGCCAUUCGCAACUGGAAAGCUUGUGGGACAAAAUUAUCCGCUACGUGCCGACGACGUAUACCCGGGAUCCUCCAGAAAUAAUGCGUGGCAAGAACGAAUUUUUGUACUUUUUGGCAAAGCAGCUAGAAGAGGCUCUCAGCUUGUACAAAAGAGGCAGUGAACCUUCAGAAGAACAAAUAAUCGAGAUCAAGCGAAAGUUGUUCUGCUCGGAUUACUCGCCAGGGUGUUUUCGUAGUUCCCCGUGGGAUCCGUGGAGAGCGGACGACGCGCAAUAUAGAGCUCCUCAUGAUCACCGUUAA